AUGAACCCAGGAGGCUGGUGGCUGUGUUUGUGCACCUUUGGGAUUGUUGCGACUCCGGGUCAAUGUACCGGACAGUGUAUCGAUGGAGUUACAAUUAACGUGAUCCUGCUGGAGGAUGAGGAGUCCCCCUGGAGCCUGAAGUAUGUGGAAGGAGAAAUACAGAAGGCUUUAGAGAAAGAUUCAGUAAUUAAUGCUGCCGAAGGUAUGGGGUUUAAUCUCACUGCCAGCUAUGAAGGGUUCAACACCACUAUUUAUCGCCAAGGAGGCUGCCAUAGUAGUUCAUGUGAGGGCGUGUUGCAGCUCAACAAGCUGAUGACUUCAGGGAAGCUGGGAUGUGCUGUGCUUGGACCAACCUGCACCUAUGCUACUUUCCCAAUAGUUGAUGCAGAAAAAGGCUCUAACGUCAGUACACCCAUCCUCUCAGCGGGAAGCUUCGGGGUCUCCUGUGACUACACACUCAACUUGCAGCGGCUUCUGCCACCUGCACGCAAGAUCUCAGACUUUUUCAUCCACUUCUGGCUAGAGCGCAAUGCUAUCAAACCUGUGUGGACGCAUGCCUAUGUUUACAAAAAACAGAGCAACACAGAGGAUUGCGCUUGGUAUAUAGCUGCACUGGAAGCAGAUGGAAAGUUUGCAAAAAAUGUCACUAGACUUUUAGUGCGCAAACAUGACGAUCUGAUCAAACUCCUCACAUCAGAGAUAAAAAGAGUGAGCAAUUUGUUUAUCAUCUGUGGCUCACCAGCAGACUUGGUGGAUAUUAAAAAUGGUUCUGCAGCAGCUGACAGCAGCGAUAUUCUCUUCAUCCUCAUCGAUCUUUACAAUGAUACAUACUACAAAACACCGUCUUUCCCAGAGAUGAAGAAUGUGCUGGUGUUGACCAUGCCUGACACCAGAAACUACAUCGUCAAUACAGACCUUAAUAGCAACAACACGAUGAAUGACUACGUGGCUGCAUAUCAUGACUCAGUGCUGGAAAUAGGCCACGUGAUGAGAGAAAUCGCAAGAAAAAAUCAAUCUGAGAUGCAAGAGAUGGAGUUUGUGAAUGUGAAUUACUUCAGGAACACCUCUUUUAACGGAAGUGCGGGAUAUUAUAAGCUUGAUGCUCACGGAGACAGAGAUGUGAAUCUCUCUGUUAUUUACACCACAAACGACAAUGAGUACAAAGUUUUAUUCAUCUUUGACACUGAACACAACCAAACCACAGUGGAGGACUUCAGUCCUUCCUUUAUCUGGGGAAAAAAGCUUCCUGUGUCCAAACCUGAGAAAGGCAACGACCAUAAUGAUACCAUUGUUAUUGUGUUGGGCACCACGAUGGUUGUAGUGGCCACCAUUGCCUUUAUUUUCUACAGACAGAACAGAAAAGACCGGCUGCUCAGGAAACGUUGGUCCCACAUCAACUCUGAUCUCAUCACUCUGCUGGAGGACAACGAACACAACAUCAUCUCCCUGAAGAUUGAAGAUGAGGCAAAGAAAAUUAAAUUCAAGAUCCGCCGUGCACUGUAUGAUAAGAAGAUUGUGAUUCUCAAAGAGCUUAAGCACUCAGACGGCGACUUCAACAAAACCCAGAGGAUAGAGCUUAAUGCGCUUCUGCACAUUGACUAUUACAGCCUUACAAAGUUUUAUGGCACAGUGAAGUUUGACCAGGGUGUGUUCGGUGUGUUUGAGUAUGGAGAGCGGGGGUCGCUCAUGUAUGUGCUGCAUGACAAGGUGUCAUACCCAGAGGAGACCUUCAUGGACUGGGAGUUUAAGAUCUCCGUCAUGUAUGACAUUGCCAAGGGCAUGUCUUACCUCCAUGCAAGCGACAUCCAAGUACACGGUCGCCUCAAGUCCACUAACUGCGUGGUGGACAAUCGCAUGGUGGUGAAGAUCACAGACUUUGGCUGCAAUGCUUUUCUUAGCCGUGUCAAAGACUUGUGGACAGCUCCGGAGCACCUGAGGAAACAAGGUACCUCCCAGAAAGGAGACGUCUACAGCUUUGCAAUCAUCUCUCAGGAGAUUGUCCUCAGAAAGAGCACCUUCUACACCGAGUCCUGCUCCGACCGAUCAGAAAAGCUGUCCAAGGUGAUCUCAUCCUACUUCAGACCUGAUCUUAACUUUGAGACGGCGUCAGAGAAAGAAUUGGAGGUGUACACACUGAUUAAAAGCUGUUGGGAUGAGGAUCCAGAAAAAAGACCUGACUUCAAAAAGGUAGAAAACUCACUGGGGAAAAUCAUCAGUAAAAUUCAUAACCAGGACAAUGAGAGCUAUAUGGAUAACAUGAUCAGGAGGCUUCAGAUGUAUUCCAGGAACCUUGAGCACCUGGUGGAAGAGAGAACAGCCCUGUACAAAGCGGAGAGAGAUCGGGCUGACUGCCUCAACUUCAUGCUGCUUCCUGGCCCGGUGGUGAAAAGCCUAAAGGAGACCGGCGUGGUGGAGCCAGAGCUGUACGAUGAAGUGACGAUAUAUUUCAGUGACAUUGUCGGCUUCACCACUUUGUGCCAGUACAGCACACCUAUGGAAGUUGUGGACAUGCUUAAUGACAUCUACAAGGGCUUUGACAGCAUCGUCGAUCAUCAUGAUGUAUAUAAGGUGGAGACAAUAGGUGAUGCCUAUAUGGUUGCAUCUGGCCUGCCGAGGAGAAAUGGGAACAGGCAUGCUGUAGACAUCUGCCGCAUGGCUCUGGACAUCUUGUCCUUCAUGGGCACCUUCCAGCUCCGACAUUUGCCUGGUAUCCCUGUAUGGAUACGCAUUGGAGUGCACUCAGGUCCCUGUGCAGCGGGUGUUGUGGGGCUAAAGAUGCCCAGAUAUUGUUUAUUUGGAGACACAGUCAACACGGCGUCUCGCAUGGAGUCUACAGGACACCCCCUGCGGAUCCACGUCAGCGAGCCGACUAUAAAUAUCCUGCAGAGAACAGGCUGCAAGUUUGAGUAUGAGACCAGGGGAGAGACUUAUCUGAAGGGUAAAGGGACAGAGACAACUUACUGGUUAACAGGAGAGACUGGGAAAGAAUAUGAUCUUCCUAUUCCACCCACAACAGAGAAUUUCCAGCGUCUGCAGCAGGACCAUGCCCACAUGAUCCUGGCGUGUCUGGAGUGCCGCUCUCGAGGGUCCGUGCGCAGAAGAAAGCCACGUACCAAUAGGAGCAAGGAGGAUGAAGACAACCAGGAAUCAGAGGCAGAGUCUGAGAGCAACCAUCCUGAAUACCUGCAUCUGGCAACGGUUGACAACACCUUGAGCACAUUCCUGUAGAAUGUCACUUUCUCUGUUAUUCUCCGUUUGGCCAGAGCAGAAAGUUAGCCAGCAGGAGUACAAUAAACUAACUGAAAUCAAUGUCAUUUUGUCACUAGUCCUCUCAUAGCUAAUUUUUGCUUUGUAAAUUCGACAUUUUGUGUCUCAAGAUAUAUUUAUAAAACAGAUCUGAUCAUUUCUUGUUACAAUUUGCUUCCAAACCCUUGGUUUUGCUGCUCCUCAAUGAACCCACCGGUCCAAAAACAAACAAGAGGCAGCAGAGAUGUGAAGCUGACAGACAGCCAAGUAGAGAUAUGACCCAUUAAUUUACACAGAAAAGGAUCGUUUGCAUCCUUCUGAGGCUAAUCUGAGGCCAUGAGGAGCAUCAGUGCCACAAACUGUGCUCAACCAACAUUCUUGCACAUAAAUGAAAUCUACUGUAUAUCCAUGCAAUUUCUAC